CAAAGACUUAUCCCAGCUAUUUUAGUAGGUCUAAUGAAGGAUAUUGGAUUUAUCCAAAGAAACAUUUGUGCGCUCAGAUGUCACACUUACCUGGGACAAUUCAAGAGCAAGAUAUAACAAUGCUUCAUGGGCGUGCCAGCCAAGUCCCUCAUGAUUUCCUAAUCUGGGGUUGCUGCUUCCCAGUAUGGUAUACACACACACACCUGCAGGCAGGCGUGCAUUAAGUACAUCAGAUCAGACGCCUCUUGGCACUGCUCUCAGUCUCCUGGUGGUUUGGCAUGAUGGAGUUUGGAAAUGCAGCUGUGCUCCCCCUGGCAGCCUGUGCUGCCGGCCUGAUGAUCUUCUGGAAGUGGAAACGGCAGCAACAGACAAGCAAACUCCCCCCAGGGCCAACUUUGCUGGAAGUCUGUCACUACGUGCUGCAGGUCUGGAACAAGGGAAUGUUUGAACCUCUGAGGAAGGUGAGAGAGAAGUACGGCCCCGUGUUCAUGGUGAAUAUUGGCCCGCGGCAGUUCAUAUUUUUCUGCGACUCCGACUCCGUGAGGGAAGCCCUGGUGGACCAAGGAGAAGAGUUCAGUGGGAGAGCGAGAAUGGAGUCAGUGGACAGAUUCUUCCAUGGUCACGGUCUUCUCUUGGCUAACGGGGAACGGUGGAAGCAGCUCCGGCGAUUCUCCGCUUCAACCCUGAGGAAUUUUGGGAUGGGGAAAAAAAGCAUUGAGGAGCGGAUCCAGGAAGAAUCUCAGUACCUGGUAGAGGAGAUGGGGAAAAACAAAGGUUCUCCCUUUGACCCCACCCUCGCCAUCACACACUCGAUUGCCAACGUCAUCUGCUCCAUUGUCUUUGGGAACCGCUUCGACUACAAGGACCAGAACUUCCUGAACUUGAUGGGCAGCAUCAACAACGCAUUCUUGGAUAUGAGCAAGACCUCAAGUAUGUUCUAUGAGAUGUUUCCGAGGAUCAUGCAAUACAUACCCGGCCCACACAAUCGGGCUUAUAAACACUACAAGGCCCUACACGAUUUCAUCCUGGAGAGGGUGAGGAUAAACCAGCAGAGCCUGGACCCCAGCUGCCCUCGGGACUUCAUUGACUCCUUCCUCAUCAGGAUGGAAGAGGAAAAGCAAAACCCACAGAGUGAAUUCAGCACCAGGAACCUGGUGGACACAGCAAUCCAGUUAUUCUUUGCUGGGACAGAGACAACAAGCUCCACCUUGAGAUUCGGACUCCUGUUCUUGGUGAAAUACCCAGAGGUCCAAGACAAGGUGCAUGAGGAAAUCGACUGCGUCAUAGGGAGGACCCACAGCCCAGCCAUGAACGACCGAGGCCGGAUGCCGUACACCAACGCCGUGAUCCACGAGAUCCAGAGACUGGCUAACAUCCUCCCAUUUGGGGUUCCGCGCAAAGUGACCUGCGACACCCACUUCCGGGGGUACCUUCUCCCCAAGGAUACAGAUGUCUGCAUUGCCUUGGGCAUACUUCUCCAGGACCCCAAAUACUUCAAAGAUCGAAAAAGCUUUCACCCGGAGCAUUUCCUGGACGAGGAAGGCCACUUCAAAAAGAAUGAUAGCUUUCUGCCAUUCGGCACAGGAAAGAGGGUGUGUCUGGGCAAGAGCCUGGCCCUCAUGGAGCUCUUCCUGAUGCUGACCACCAUCCUGCAGCGCUUCACCCUGAAAUCACCAAAAGAGCCGCAGGAAAUUGAUCUCACCCCAAAAGCAAAUGGAUCUGGAAUUGUUCCUCCCAGUUACGAGCUCUAUGCCCUGCUGCGGGAGGAAGGGCUGCACGACAGCGCCUAGGACAUGGAACAGGCAUGCAACAGGGUAAAGCACCUCCUUCUCCUUCAUGUCUCCACUCCAAAAUGUUAGAUGGGCUGCUCCCAAUAUGCUGCACAGGUGUUGGUGUUCCCAAAUCUUGUGGGGUGCAUUGGAGUGCUACAGGGCAUCUCAGGACAUGAUCCAGGUUUGUGUCGCCUGACAAACAUUGCUUGGUUGUGUAGAGGCCCCGUGAUUUCAGAGCAACUUGCAAAGGACCUUUUGACCCCAAAAUGGCCGAUACACACGUGUCGUUGAGGAGACCUCCCAAGCAAGAUCUCACCUUUAGGCAUUGACUCUGUCCACAGCUGGUCGUCAUACCCAGUGUUUUUCAUACUUCCGUUUGUCUCCAUAUUGCAGAAAUGGUAGUGUUGUAGGCCAUAAGACAGGCCAAGAGCUGAAGUGUUAAAAUCUGCAAGUCUACACAUCUGUGGAAAGCCCCAGGGUGCAUCAGAGCAUGUGGGAUUACAUCAAGAAUAUCCUGGGAUGUAAGGAUCAGUAGCAGCCUCCUCUAGUAGAUAAGAAACAUAAGGUACAUAUCUGGGAAGACAUGUAGUUGGAUAACUUCAUUAAUCAGCAAAUUGUAAAGGCACACAGCACCAAUCGUGACCAAGCAAGUGUGAGCAACAGCGUCAGCUUCAUGCAACAGAAAUGUACUCUGCAUUUGUUUAACCCUGCACUAUCCCUGCUGUCGCUCAGUCUGAUCGCCUGGCUGAUGUGACGAAUAAAGCCUACACUGAGUUUGUGCUCACCAAAUAGCUGCCCUGCACUUAUUUAAACCAUGUGGCAGUACACCUAGCAGGUACUUGGGCAACGCGUGAAUGGGA